GGAAAUGAGCGCAAUCACAGAGAAAUACAUUGUCCACUGCGACGUAUGAUGUGGUUGCCGUUAAAUUUCCACAAUUUGCGAGUAUUUGGUGUCUGCAGAACGAGACACUAACCCCAUUUGAUUCUUGGCGCUUUCAAAAUGCUAAUCCUCAUACCACUCUCAACAUCAACAAUCCUCCUCCUCCUCCUCACCUUAUCCCUACCCACAAGCGCAACCGUGACCCCCAUCCUCACAACAACCUUCCAGCCCGCCACCAACGUCCCCUCCGUCCAAAACAUCGACUUCCCGCUGCACACCCACACCUACAACGCAACUAGUUUCCUCAAUACCGCCAUCUUCCACCCGGCCGACUCGCCAUUGGGACCAUGCAGGAUCAAAACUUACAAUGUGACGUAUUUACCCGACCCGAUAACGGGGGCAGUGGUGCCCGUGCUGGAUCCGACGACGGGGAUGGAUCCAGUCAUUGGGUUUUUUGAUGUGAGGGAUUUGUUGGCGGCGGGGUGUGGGCGGUAUGGGGCUGUUGCAUGGGCCAACGGAUGGCAUCAAACAUGCCCCAAUGGAACCAGCAUCGCCGAGCUACUCGCCACCCCAGGCAUCCUGCCCUGCUCCGCUCCCUCCACGCGCCCGCAAGUUGCGCUGUACAUGCAGUUAGGGCCGGUCCAUAAACAGUGCUGCCCAGACCCCGUCUUCGCCCGUGCCAGCAGCUGGUACGGCUUCACAUAUGAGGUCAGUCAUCAGUGCAGUUCAAAGUCCGAGCCGAAAGGACACGAUUUAUGCGAAUCUCAAUAUGCCCCAUGACCGUAGGAAAGCGCCUCCCUGGUCCCCGAGACGGGGCUCGACUACCAAACCUUCGCCUCCUUCGCGCUCAACAACGUCUUGACGUAUCAGGUCGAUUCCGACGGCGCCCUGGAGUACAUGACACCCUACAUGCAAUCCCGC